UGCGACGGGCGUGGUGCGUAAGGAGCUGGCCGGCGGUGGCCGUUCUCCGUAAGAUGGCGGACCGGCGGCGGCAGCGCGCUUCGCAGGAUACGGAAGACGAAGAAUCUGGUGCUUCGGGCUCCGACAGUGGCGGCUCCCUCGCGCGGGGCGGCGGGAGCUGCAGUGGGAGCGCUGGAGGCGGCGGCAGCGGCUCUCUGCCUUCCCAGCGCGGUGGCCGCGGCGGGGCCCUCCAUCUGCGGCGGGUGGAGAGCGGGGGCGCCAAGAGCGCUGAGGAGUCUGAGUGUGAGAGUGAAGAUGGCAUGGAAGGUGAUGCUGUUCUCUCGGACUAUGAAAGUGCAGAAGACUCAGAAGCUGAAGAAGGGGAAUACAGUGAAGAGGAAAACUCCAAAGUGGAACUGAAAUCAGAGGGUAAUGAUGCUGCUAAUUCUUCAGCAAAAGAAGAGAAGGGAGAAGAAAAGCCUGACACCAAAGGCACCGUGACUGGUGAGAGGCAGAGUGGGGAUGGACAGGAGAGCACAGAGCCUGUGGAGAACAAAGUGGGUAAAAAGGGCCCUAAGCAUUUGGAUGAUGAUGAAGAUCGGAAGAAUCCAGCAUACAUACCCCGGAAGGGGCUUUUUUUUGAGCAUGAUCUUCGAGGUCAAACUCAGGAGGAAGAAAUCAGACCCAAGGGGCGACAGCGAAAGCUAUGGAAGGAUGAGGGUCGUUGGGAGCAUGACAAGUUCCGCGAAGAUGAGCAGGCUCCCAAGUCCCGACAGGAGCUUAUUGCUCUUUAUGGCUAUGAUAUCCGCUCAGCUCACAAUCCUGAUGACAUCAAACCCCGAAGAAUUCGGAAACCCCGAUUUGGGAGUCCUCCACAAAGAGAUCCAAACUGGAUUGGUGAGCGUCUAAACAAGCCCCAUCGCCACCAGGGUCCUGGGGGUACCCUACCACCAAGGACAUUUAUUAACAGGAAUGCAGCAGGUACUGGCCGCAUGUCUGCACCCAGGAAUUACUCUCGAUCUGGGGGCUUCAAGGAAGGUCGUACUGGUUUUAGACCUAUGGAGGCUGGUGGGCAGCAUGGUGGCCGGUCUGGUGAGACUGUUAAGCAUGAGACUAGUUACCGGUCACGGCGCCUGGAGCAGACUUCUGUGAGGGAUCCAUCCCCAGAAGCAGAUGUUCCAGUGCUCGGCAGUCCUGAGAAAGAAGAAGCAGUUGUAGAGACACCAGCUGUUGCUCCUGACACUGCACCACCAGCCCCUGACAGGCCUAUUGAGAAGAAAUCUUACUCCCGGGCGAGAAGAACCCGAACCAAAGUUGGAGAUGCAGUCAAAACUGCUGAGGAGGUGCCCCCUCCACCUGAAGGGCUGACCUCAGCACCUCCGGUCUCAGAAACCACCCCUCCUCCAUCUACUAAGACUGGGAACUGGGAGGCUUCAGUAGAUUCUGCUACAGGUGGACUUGAGCAAGAUGUGGCACAACUAAAUAUAGCAGAACAGAAUUGGAGUCCAGGACAACCUUCAUUCCUACAACCACGGGAGCUUCGAGGUGUGCCGAACCACAUACACAUGGGAGCAGGACCUCCACCUCAGUUUAACCGGAUGGAAGAAAUGGGUGUCCAGGGUGGUCGAGCCAAACGCUAUUCAUCUCAGCGGCAGAGACCUGUGCCAGAGCCUCCUGCCCCUCCUGUGCACAUCAGUAUCAUGGAGGGACAUUACUAUGAUCCACUGCAGUUCCAGGGACCAAUCUAUACCCAUGGUGACAGUCCUGCACCACUGCCCCCACAGGGCAUGAUUGUACAGCCGGAAAUGCACCUUCCCCACCCAGGUUUACAUCCCCACCAGACACCGGCACCUCUGCCCAAUCCAGGCCUCUACCCACCACCAGUGUCCAUGUCUCCGGGACAGCCACCACCCCAGCAGUUGCUUGCUCCUACUUACUUUUCUGCUCCAGGAGUCAUGAACUUUGGUAAUCCCAGUUACCCUUAUGCUCCAGGAGCACUGCCUCCCCCACCACCUCCUCAUCUAUAUCCUAAUACACAGGCGCCAUCACAGGUAUACGGAGGAGUGACCUACUAUAACCCUGCCCAGCAGCAGGUGCAGCCAAAGCCCUCCCCACCCCGGAGGACUCCCCAGCCAGUCACCAUCAAGCCCCCUCCACCUGAGGUUGUAAGCAGGGGUUCCAGUUAAAAUGACUUUCUGAAUAUUUUAACUCUUAACAUCAUAGAGAAAACAGCGGAGGUGAGAUCUCAGGAGAGAAGAGAAAUUCAACUGGCUAUCUACCACCCUGAGGGCUUCAAAGAUAUAGGAUGACCCUACCAGCAAGCUCCUGAAGGAGGAAGAAUCCCCUUCCUCUGAGGACAGGCUCUGCUGGAGAGAGGAGAAACAGGUGACCUCCUCGCACCUCUACUCUUCACUUGAGCUGUCUGUGCUCAGGGGAGCAGAGACCCAGACAGCCCAGGCUUCUGAGGAUAGAUUCAGAAGCCCAAGUCUUGCUCUUCUUCACUUUCUCCUGGGAAAUUUAAGUGUCUUCUCCCAGGGAAGUUCCUGCCUGUUUGUUUUGUUUCCUAAAAUGUUUGUUUUUUAAAGCCUGGCUUGCUAUUUUUAAAUUAAUAUUCUUAGUUUUUCUGUUUCUUUCUCUCUCUCUCUCUCUCUCUCUCUCUCUCUCUCUCUCUCUCUCUCUCUCUCUCUCUCUCUCUCUGCCUUUAAAUGAAAUAAGUUCAUUCUGGUUUGCUAGCCCCUCUGGGCUCCCUUUUGACUCUUCCCUGCAUCCCAGAUAAUUGAGAAUGUAUCAACCAAGUGUAAAAAGAGCUGGCCUUUCACUUUUGGUGGGCCUUUGUUAUUUUCUUGUAUACUUGAAUUCUCUUAACUCCUUUAACCCUGUGGAAACAAAGCUGUCUGCACACAGUGUCCCUUUGUGGAGAAAAGCUCAGAGUGGGUGAGUAGGAGCUCUUUUUGAUUUAGGGUUUACAAGUCUGAACUUCCAACGGUACUCUGGUGGGCUUCAGUCCUCUACUGAGGGCAGAGUCUACUGUGGGGAGAAAUGGCAAACCAGAUACUUUUGUGCGGAAAGAGGGUGGAGUGAGAGCCUUUGCACCUUGGGGGAAUGUAUUCACACAGGCCUCAGGACUCAGGCUUUGAGGUUAGUGGAAUUAGAGAACUCUGCUUCUCUUCUUUCCAUCCCUACCCCUCUCCCUUCUCAGUUGCUGUGGACCAAUGCAUCUCUCUAGAAGCAAGUACUAUCCAGCAAGCAGUCUACCUUAUCCUUUGCAGUCGCUGUUCUCCACAGUUUUCCUGCUACAAGUGUUUUAGGUGUUAUUACCUUAUUUUCCCCAAUUGUUCUGUUCUUGCAAACAGAAGAUAUGGCACCUGGCCUUAAGGCCUAAGGAAGCCAGUCACCUUCUGGGCAAGGGCUCUCCCUCUGUCCUCCCUGGCCAUGGCACCAACUUGCUGCCUCUGCGGGAUAGCUUCCUGUUAUUGCAGCACUUGUGUCUGCCAGGGGGAACUUUGCCACGAUCCCUGUCCUUCUACAGAACCUGAGGGAGAAGGUUCCCCUAGUAAUGUCACUGUCUGUUCUUACUCCUUCCCUCCAGCAGCUGGCCUAACCACUGAGUCAUGGUGUGGGAUAAGGAAGGAGGAGAGGCAUUUAAGCUGUAACCCCCAAGGAGGAAAUAACUAAGAGGUUCUUCCAGGGGUAGCCGGCGGUUGUGCCUUUGUAGGCUUCCCUUUGCCUUAAACCUGAAGAUGUCUCCUCAAGCCUGUGGGCAGCAUGCCCAGAUUCCCAGACCUUAAGACACUGUGACAGUUGUCUGUCUGUCCACUGUGUUUAGUUGCAAGGAUUUCUCCAUGUGUGUUGUUGCUGUUUUUUUUUUUUUGUUACUGUUUUAAAGGGUACACAUUUGUGAUCAACAUUAUGACUUGGAGAUAAUAAAAUUUAGACUAUAAACUUGGCU